GCGUCCUUUCUGUCUACAAGCAGCAUUUUCUCAACAUUUCACUCAUUCACAGCAACCUUACAAAUUUUUCAUUCUCAUUUCUCAUCUAUUGUAUUUAUCGAUACUUUAAGCAGCAAUAAAGACUACAGGACCUCUUCUCAAGAUAUAAACACUUACAACUUGCAACCAUGGCACCACCAAAGGCAAACUGGGAGAAAUAUGAUAAGCCUGUUGAUGACAAGGAGAUAGAAAAUAUUGUGGCUCUAGAUGAAGGCGAUAUUGCACUUCUCAAAACCUACGGUCAAGGACCUUAUGCCAAGGAUCUAAAGAAAUUAGAGAACGACAUCAAGGAUGCACAGAAGCGUGUGAAUGACAAGAUGGGCGUCAAGGAGUCGGACACAGGAUUGGCACCACCUAGUUUGUGGGACAUUCCUGCAGAUAAGCAGCGUAUGGGAGAGGAACAACCCUUGCAGGUAGCGCGUUGCACAAAGAUCAUUCAGGCAACAGGAGACGAACCCGCUAAAUAUGUGAUUAAUGUCAAGCAGAUCGCCAAAUUUGUGGUCGGAUUGGGUGAGAAGGUUUCGCCCACAGAUAUUGAUGAGGGUAUUCGUGUCGGAGUUGAUCGUCAAAAGUAUCAUAUCCAGAUUCCGUUACCACCCAAGAUUGAUGCCUCAGUGACAAUGAUGCAGGUCGAGGAAAAGCCUGAUGUGACAUACAGUGAUGUUGGGGGAUGCAAAGAGCAGAUCGAGAAACUGAGAGAGGUCGUUGAGCUUCCUCUUUUGCAGCCCGAGCGAUUUGUUAACUUGGGGAUUGAUCCUCCAAAAGGAGUUUUGCUUUAUGGACCCCCCGGAACUGGAAAAACUCUGUGUGCCCGUGCUGCUGCCAAUCGUACAGAUGCUACCUUUAUCCGUGUCAUUGGUUCUGAAUUGGUACAAAAAUAUAUUGGAGAAGGAGCGCGUAUGGUUCGUGAACUGUUUGAGAUGGCCAAGACCAAAAAGGCUUGUAUCAUCUUCUUUGAUGAAGUUGAUGCGAUCGGAGGUGCUCGAUUUGAUGAUGGUGCAGGAGGCGACAAUGAAGUCCAACGUACCAUGUUGGAAUUGAUCAAUCAAUUGGAUGGAUUUGAUUCUAGAGGCAAUAUCAAGGUUCUGAUGGCCACGAACCGACCUGAUACUCUGGACCCAGCUCUGAUGCGUCCUGGACGUCUGGAUCGUAAGGUUGAAUUCGCAUUGCCAGAUUUAGAAGGACGUGCACAUAUUCUCAAGAUCCAUGCUCGAUCGAUGAGUGUAGAGCGGGACAUUCGAUACGAGCUAAUUGCAAGACUGUGUCCCAACAGCACAGGAGCAGAGUUGAGAUCCGUGUGCACAGAGGCAGGCAUGUUUGCAAUCAGAGCAAGGAGAAAGGUAGCGACCGAGAAGGACUUUUUGGAGGCAGUGAACAAGGUUAUCAAGUCGUAUGCAAAGUUCAGCAGUACACCCAAGUACAUGACUUACAACUAAAAAGAAGAAACCAAGACGAUUCUCCUUUUUUUUUCGAUAGCGGUUGUAGUUCUCAUCUUUCAGUUUGUAAUAGAAGAAACGAAAAAUUUGCUCUGUUGUCUAAAACGCG